CCUGAUAAGGACUCUUCAUCUAGAACAGGAGAGGCAGUUGCUGAACGCUGGCGUCCUUUUUUGACGUUUGGUUCAAUGGAUGGCGGAGAAUUGCAGAGCCUUUUGGUUUGCUUAUUGCGAUCAACCCUAGCAGGGGAUGUGCUUGCUCUUUUGGUUUUGGAGCGACCACCUCUGUGGCCUCCCAUGGCUGGUGAAACUAGAUAGCGAAAAUUUCCGAGAAACGUCCGAGAACAAAACCUUGGGCAACCAGUUAAAUUAAAAUUAUAAAAAAAAAAAAAAAAAAUAGCAAAACCAUCUCUAACUACAGCUACUAGCAAAGGCAAUAGCCUGGAAUAGUAUAUAGGCGAAAGCCGUGCUACCAAGUAAGUAAGUCCGGUGUGUAUUCAGACCACACAAGUACACAGUUUAAAUUGACAACAAUUAGCAUUCAUUAGAAAUGGCACCAGGAGGAAAAUCCGCAGGAAAGGCGAUGAAGAAAUCGUCUGGCAAGGCUCAAAAGAACAUAACUAAGUCUGACAAGAAGCGCAAGCCAAAGAGGAAAGAAUCGUACGCCAUCUACAUCUACAAAGUACUGAAACAAGUACAUCCGGACACCGGCGUGUCCUCGAAGGCUAUGAGCAUCAUGAACAGUUUCGUCAACGAUUUAUUCGACCGUAUCGCCGCCGAGUCCAGUCGGCUGGCCCACUACAACAAGCGAUCGACCAUCACCAGUCGGGAGAUCCAAACCGCCGUUCGACUUUUGUUGCCCGGUGAAUUGGCCAAGCACGCUGUCAGUGAAGGUACAAAAGCCGUGACCAAAUACACCAGUUCCAAAUAAUUUAACUUAUCUUAUAAG